GAAACCCCCCAGCUCGCCGCCACCAACGACCACAUCCUGCCCCUCUUGUCCCCCCGCGUCACCCGCACCCGCGCCAUGGUGAGGUGCCGCUCCACCGCGAUGGCCAACAAGCUCAACACCGAGGCGGCCAAGGCACGGACCCCGGUCUUAUCCUGGCGUGCGCUCGCAGGCGUGCACCCCCCCAAAAGGGUCCGCGCACACACGCACGCUCGCAGGCGUGCACCCCGAACGGUCCCACGCUGGACGGUGCGAACGAAGCCCCACUUCAGCAAACUCUCCCCCCUCCACCUCCUGGGCCGCGUCUACUGCCUGGCGGCCGAGGAGGAGCUGGAGCGUUUCCAGCGGGAUUUCUGCUCCCGGCUGUGGCUGACGUACCGGCGGGAGUUCCCGGCGUUGGAGGGGACCCCCUGGACCACCGACUGCGGCUGGGGCUGCAUGCUGCGCAGCGCCCAGAUGCUGCUGGCCCAGGGCCUCAUCCUGCACCUCCUGGGCAGGGACUGGACGUGGCCCGAGGCGCUGCUGGAGUUGGAGCCGACGGCCGCGUCCCGGCGGCCACGGGACCCCCCGGGACGGAUGCGAGACCCCCCUGGACAGGCGAGGGACCCCCCGGGCCGGACACGAGACCCCCCGGGCCGGACACGGGUCUCCCGGGAGGCGGAACAGCGGCACCGCGCCAUUGUGGCCUGGUUCGCCGAUCACCCCCGGGCCCCUUUCGGCAUCCAUCGUUUGGUAGAGCUGGGUCGGAGCGCCGGGAAAAAAGCCGGGGAUUGGUACGGCCCUUCCAUCGUCGCCCACAUCCUUCGGAGGGCGGUGGAAACCUGCCCGGAGACCAGCGGCCUCUCGGUCUACGUCUCUCAGGAUUGCACCGUUUACAAAGGGGACGUCGCCGACCUGGUGCAGGGUGACGCCGACCGAACCGUGCCGGAACCUGGGCAACGCCGAGCCGUCGUCAUCCUGGUGCCGGUGCGGCUAGGGGGGGAGAGCCUGAACCCCGUCUACGUGGAUUGCGUCAAGGAGCUGCUGAAGCUGAAAUCCUGCGUGGGCAUCAUCGGCGGCAAACCCCGGCACUCCCUCUACUUCGUCGGCUUCCAAGAUGAUUUCUUGCUCUACCUGGACCCCCACUACUGCCAGCCCUUCGUGGACACCUCCCGGGAGAACUUCCCCUUGCAGUCCUUCCACUGCGGCUCCCCACGGAAAAUGGCCUUCGGGAAGAUGGAUCCCAGCUGCACCAUCGGCUUCUACGCCGCCGGCGGGCCGGACCUGGAGGAGCUCUGCUCCGACCUCACCCGUGUCCUGACCCCCCCCUCGGCGCCGGAGCGGUACCCCAUCUUCACGGUGACGGAGGGUCAGGCGCGGGACCACGGUUUGGAGCCGCUCGGCUCCCGCCCUCCCCCGCCGCUGCCGCCGCCCCCCCGCGCCGGCAAGCGCCCCAAAAAACCCAGCACUGACGAGUUCGUCUUCCUCUGACCACCCCCCCCCCCCCCCCAGGAUCCCCCCCAAUACACUGGAUCACACCCUGGGGUGGUGCUGCCGCGGUUUGGGGGGGCCGCAGGUCCCCCCCUCAGGGUCAGGGCUGUUUUGGUUCACUACUGCGCCGGGACUGGAGCUCAGGGCCGGUGUUUGCCGAGUCCCAGCGGGGGGGGCUGAGCUGAGCCUCCCCCCCCCCCCCCAACACUCCCCCCAGCAUGGGGACCCCCCCAGUGCAGCGAGGGGGGGGGGGGGGCCAUGUUUUCCCUCUCCCAACCCCCCCAUCACGGUGGUUUGGUUUUUUUUUUUGAUUGUCACACGCUGCUCGCGGUGAGGGGGCGACGUUAAUUUAUUGCUCCGCUCAGGACCCCCCCUCGUCCGUCUGUCUGUCUCCCCCCAAAUUAAAACUGAACUUG